AUGAGGACCCGCGUGUGCGCACGCGUCGGCACGCCGCAGGGCGUCGGGGCGCUGCUCCUCGACCUCCGCGGCAAGGAGGACGGCGUUCUGGAUGGCGGGGUCGUGGAGAAGGAGCAGCAGAAGUCUGAUCAAUCUGAUGAGAAUCUGGGCAGGGAGGUUAGAGAGGUUGAAGCUGAUGGGUUGGAUGGUAAGGAAGCAGAGGAGCUUCAAGAGAUUCAGGAGCAGGUGGAUGAAAUUGUUGCUGAUGAAUUGGAUAGCAAACCUACAUAUAAUUUGGAUCCAAACUCAAGCCAGGAAAGUGCCGAGAUCAUUAAUGCAAAUGCCACCGAAGGUGUGAAGAAUUCCGAUGAAAGCUCUCUUCCCAUCAAUAGCCCGGAGAUCACCCAUGAAGAACAUAUCGGGCACGGCCAUGGCGGUGAUCAACAGACCUCAUCAACACAGAUGACAACGCAUCAGUCACAGAUCUCAGAGCAACUGAAAGUGGAUACCAUGACCGAAACAACAACAGUGGAGAAUGUGUCGAAGCAGAAACCGCCGGCACAGGAGCAGGUCGCGUCCAUCAACUCACCUGCAUGUCCUUCACUGCCAGCUCUGUUUAAACCAGCAGAGAAGAAGAGACCAGCAAACACGGGGUGGAAUGAGACAGGGAUGAAGCUUGGACAAGAUGGCGGCAGCAAGAAGGCAGCAGCAAAGGGUGUAGCCGUGGUGACCAUGGAUCGUAGAGCUGUUUCAAUGGCCAUUCUCGCCAUCAUCUUUGCAGUGACCAUUGGAGUAAACGUCGUCGUGCGCUUGUAUUCCACUUUGCGAGCGGCAUGA